GCUCAGUGUCGACAGCGAAGCAUGAAACGGAGGGCGGCGCUGCUCGUGCUGCUGGUCGUGGCGCUGGGCGCCGGGGCGCUCACCCACGUCCCGAAGCCGUCUGCGACGACCGCGCCACCGAUGGCCAGACCGCGCGCCGCUGACCGUACCAGUCUCGACGGCGUCUGCCGCACGUUCCACAUGAGCGGCUCGUGGUGGCGCUACGAGUGGUGCCACCAAGAGCACGUGCGGCAGUACUCGGUCGACCCGGUCACGGGCGCGGAGGCCUCGGUGAACAUCAUUGGCCGCUUCUUCGGUGCGACCGACGGCGAGGCGUCGCCGACGCGCGCCCGGCCGUUCUUGACGCACGUGUUUCUGAACGGCGACAUGUGCCAUGGCGGGUCGCGGCAGUCGCCGGUCGCGCGCAACCGCAGCGCCGAGGUACGCUUCUCGUGCUGCAGCUUUCGACCGACGGAGACGUACAUUGAGAGCAUAUCGGAGCCGCUCUUAUGCGAGUACCUCGUGAGCGUCUGUACGCCGUUGGCGUGCGUCACCAAGCUGCAGGCGCCCGACGAGAGCAGCGACGACACCAAGCGGCUCCGGGCCACCGUCAAGGCCAUGUUCUACCACGCGUACAACAACUACAUGGAGCACGCGUUCCCGCUCGACAACCUCCGGCCAAUUUCGUGCAAGGGCGACACGUUCGAGCUCGGGAAGAUCCCGAUGCUGACGCUCAUCGACACUCUCGACACACUGGUCGUCUUUGGCGACUUUGACGAGUUUCGCCGCGCGGUGGGUCUCGUGCUCGCGGGUGCGAGCUUCGACUUGAACACCGAGGUCUCGGUCUUUGAAACAACGAUCCGGGUGCUUGGUGGGCUUCUCUCGGCGCACAUGUUUGCGGUCGAUGCGUCGCUUGGCAUCUAUCCGGACGGCGCGUAUACCGAUGGGCUCCUGCGCUUGGCGGUCGACCUCGCCGACCGGCUUCUCCCCGCGUUUGUGACCAAGACAGGGAUUCCGUACGGGACCGUCAAUCUGCGCUACGGCGUGCCCGAGGGCGAGACGACCGUGGCCUCGACAGCCGGCGCCGGGUCGCUCACGAUGGAGUUUACAAUGCUGAGUGUCUUGACGGGCAACCCGGUGUACGCGAUCGCAUCGCGCAAGGCCGUGCGGGCGCUCUAUGAGCGCAAAUCGAGCGUCGGGCUCCUCGGCAAGCACAUUGACGUCGACUCGGGCGACUGGACCGAGACGAUUAGCGGCCCGGGCUCCAAUUCCGACAGCUUUUACGAGUACCUCCUCAAGAUGUACGUGCUUUUCGGCGACGACGAGUCGCUCGCGAUGUUUCAGCACGUCUACUCGAACGUCAUGGAGCACAACAAGCACGGCGACUGGUACGGCGACGUCUCCAUGUGGGAUGGCUGCACGGGCGGUGCGGCCAUUGUCUUCGACAACCUCGUCGCGUUCUGGCCGGGCAUGCAGACGCUGCUCGGCGACUUCGAGACGAGUGCGAAGAGCCUCAACGCCUACUACCAGGUGUGGCACAAGUACGGCUUUCUGCCCGAGCAGUUUGACGUGGGUCGGUGGCGCCCGAAGAAGGCGUCGAGCAACCGGUACCCGCUGCGGCCCGAGCUCAUCGAGUCGACCUUCUACAUGCACGCGGCGACGCGCGAUGACACGUGGCGCAAGGCCGGCGCGGCGUUCGUUGCAUCAAUCGAGCGCUUCUCCAAGACGACCUGCGGCUACGCGUCGAUCGCGGACGUCGAGUCGCGCGCCCAGGAGGACGACAUGCCGUCCUUCUUCCUCUCGGAAACGUGCAAGUACCUCUACUUGCUUUUCGACGACACCAAUCUGCUCCGGCAAGGCAACUACGUCUUUACGACCGAAGCGCACCCGUUCCCGGUGCUUUCGUCGGCCCAAGUCGCGGCCAUUUGGACGCGAGGCAGCGACCCGAGCCUGCAGCCGGCGCCCCGACAAGCGCUCACGUGCCCCCGCCUCCCGUUCUACGCCCCCGUCUCGUUCAACACGUCGUACCAAGAUGCGUUUGUCAAGAUGAAGCCCCGUUGCGACGCGCCGCGCCGAUCGGGUGCCAAGGCGAGCAAGAAGACGCCGGCCAAGGUGACGGCGCCCCGCGUCUUGCACGGCGGCGACGCGCUCGGCAACUUUCUCAUCGACCAGCUCGUCGGCGGCUUCCGUGCCCGCAGCGAUCGGUUUCCCGGCGAUGCGCUCAAGGUCACCAACCUCGGCGACCCCAAGAUCGUCGUCGAGUUCCACUCGUCCGACCCCGCGCCGCUCGCGGACUUUCGCAUCCACAACUUUGAGACGGACGUGACGACGCGCUGUCGACUGCUCGUCUACGACGCCGACGACCAAUUACUCGACACGAUCACGUGCUCGGGCGCGCUCUUUGGUCCGACCAAGACGGAAGGGGCGUCCGUGCUGGUCGAGAAGCGGCCGCUGGAGCUCGCAUCGCCCUUGCGCGCGUGUGCGGCCAUGGAGGCCGUCAGCAUCGGCGCGAUCGCGCUCGUCCAGCGCGGCGACUGCUACUUUGACGACAAGGCGCGCCGGGGCAUGGACGCUGGCGCCAGCGCCGUCAUCAUCGUCAACAACGACGCCGCCGAGGACCUCAUGAUCAUGGCGCGGUCGUCGUCGCUCGAUGCGGCGCUGGACGAAACGCCCAUCUCGGUGCCCAUCGUCAUGGUCGCACCGACGGCCGAGGCGCGACUUCGCCGACCCAACACCCGCAUCUCGCUCGAGCAUCACUCGGUGCCCCUCGACGACGACGACUUCCCGUACGUUGUCGGGUCGCGCUACGACCUCAAAGUCGUGGGGCCGCACGGCUGGGGCCUCCACCUCGCGCUCAAGACGAGCGACGCGACGGGCGUCUCGGCGUGGACGAUUGCACUUGUGGACGCCACGGCCCCCGAAGAGGAUGACAGCGAUGACGUCGACGCGUCGACGUCGGAGGAGACGACGACCCAAGCCUUUGCGCGCGUCUUGCAGCAGCUCAAGGGACUCGGCUUCUCGGACGAAGCGCUGCAUUUGCUCGAGAACGAAGACGACGCGGAUCUGCGACUCGAGGCGCUCCUCAACGGGCUCCGAGACGUCGGACUCGACGAGAUGGCCGACAAGGUAGCACUCAAGACAAGCGACGCCAAGCUCGCAACGACCUCCAAGGACGACCCUCUCACUCCUGCCGACGCCAAAAGGUCUCAGUCGAUGGACCGCGAAGCGGACUCGGCCUCGAGUGACAUGUGCACGGACGCCGACGCCCCCACCAACGUCCCUGGUAGGUAGGUCGUCACGAGGGAGCUACUCGAACAAAACGAGUCGUGUCAUCGUCUUAGGUCAGAUACGCGGCUGUGAUUUCUUCCGACGACGAGUCGCGCAAAAUGUUCUCCUACCAG